GUGGAUGUCCAGCGGGCUCUGGCGGUCAUGUUUACUCGCUUUUUUUUCUCUCUCUCUGUCUCUGCCGUUUUGUCCACCUGCAGGCCAGGCAGCAGACGGACCGGGUUACAGGAAACCGAAGCCGCUCAUGAACAUCACGGGCAGCCCAUCUGCGGUAAACGGCGGCCGGAGCUUCCGGUUCUCUAAUUCUUUAUUAGACUUUUAAGAAGCGCUGCUGGGUUUAUCUCAGCUUCAGAUCGCAGGCAUGAGUGGAAGAGUGGGAGACCUGGGUCCGAAACAGGCUGAAGCGCUAGAACAAUUUCGGGCGAGGAUACAGGACAUUCUUCCUCAUCUUCCGGCCCAGCAUGACCACUUCCUGUUACGCUGGCUCAGAGCCAGAAACUUCAACGUUCAGAAGUCCGAGGCCAUGCUGCGAAAGCAUCUGGAGUUCAGGAAACACAUGAAAGUGGACUCAAUAAUCAGUGACUGGCGCCCCCCAGAGGUGAUAGAGAAGUAUCUGUCAGGAGGCAUGUGUGGCUACGAUCGCGAGGGCAGCCCCGUCUGGUACGACGUGAUCGGACCCAUGGAUCCCAAAGGCCUCUUCCUGUCUGCCUCCAAGCAGGACUUCAUCAAGUCCAAGAUCCGGGACUGUGAGAUGCUGCAGAAGGAAUGUAACCUUCAGUCGGAACGACUGGGCAGGAACGUGGAGUCCAUCACUAUGAUCUACGACGUGGAAGGUCUGGGACUCAAACACCUGUGGAAGCCUGCGAUAGACACGUAUGGAGAGAUCCUACAGACAUUUGAAGAUAAUUACCCAGAAGCCCUCAAGAGGCUUUUUGUUAUUAAAGCUCCCAAACUCUUCCCCGUGGCGUUUAACCUCGUCAGACACUUCCUGUGUGAAAACACACGACAGAAAAUCUCCGUCCUGGGAGCCAACUGGCAGGAAGUUCUGCUGAAGCACAUCGACGAAGAGGAGCUGCCGGUGAUCUACGGGGGGAAGCUGACGGACCCAGACGGAGAUCCUCGCUGUCGGACGCGGAUAAGUCACGUCGGACCAGUUCCACCUUCUUAUUACGUGCGGGACCACGUGAAGGUGGAUUAUGAGCACUGCAUAACCGUCAGUCGAGGUUCUUCCCAACAGCUGGACUAUGAGAUCUUGUUUCCAGGCUGCGUUCUCCGGUGGCAGUUUGCCAGCGAGGGCGCAGACAUCGGGUUUGGGGUGUUUCUGAAGGCUAAAAAAGGCGAGUGGAAGAAGGCUUCUGAGAUGCAGGAAGUCAUUCUCAGCCAGCGGUUCAACUCCCACUUGGUACCCGAGGACGGGUCGCUGACCUGCGAGCGUCCGGGCGUGUAUGUGCUGAGGUUUGACAACACCUACAGCAUCUUCCAGGCCAAGCGAAUCAGUUACACCGUUGAAGUCCUGCUUCCGGAUCGGUUCCAGUCUCCACAGACCAACGACGAAAGCUAGUCGCACGUAGCAUCAGAAUGUUUAGCCUCACACAAGGAUGACACGGUCACCAUGGCAACUGAAUCUGACCCUCAGGCAGGGCUUCUGCUCAUCUUCCCUCCUCAGCCGGACGAGUUUCAGAUUUCAGCUUGACGAACUCCUUGGCCACCUCGUCAGCAGGUCGCUGGGACAGGAUACGCAUCACCGUCACGCCCGUUUCGUCCGUCCGAACCCGCGGUCCAAGGGGACACCAGCACACGCAGCUCUUCCUGUCGGCGACGUCUCGCAGCUGGACCACGGCCAGGCCAACCACUCGGUCCGCUCGGCCAAAGCAGUAGUCCUUCACCGUCACCUGGAGCUCGUAGCAGUCCGGGGACUCUUUACCCAGGAUGCUGCGGGGCGGAGACCAAACAUUCAGGAUCAGAUGCUCUCUAACACGAUCAGUCCCUUUUGAUGGUGUUAUAAACUCCAGACUCACAACUGGAAGGUCUCAUUGAACUUUGCUGUCCAGCUGUUGUUUUUUGAUUUUGUGGUGAACUUGCGCUUUUUGUCUGCCAGGAAGGGACCCGCCAUGGAGACCUCUACAAAAGGUCUGAACAUCCCUGAUGUCUGCCACUUCAUGUCAUUCACAGCGAUGACUGAGUAGCCACGAGAGAGAAAACAGGUGUUAGGACCAAAAAUAAACAAGUUUGAUGUGUUAACAACUCUCGGUCUGACCUCUAACGUUGACCUUGCGCUCCUUGCCGAGCAUCAUGUCGACCUGCAGGACAGCCUCUCCAACCGGCUUCUCUACCCCCGAACCUAUAAAACACAAACUGUUUACUUUAAAGUGGCAAUAUUUAGUUUUCACCAUUAAUCUCUGGAAAUAUCCAUCAAAAUGUUGUUUUAAAGGGACUUUUCGGACGUUUGAAUUUUUAUGCUCGCGAUUGCCCCCUCAGGCCAAAAGCGUAACGGCAGCUUCAAUGGUAGGCUCGUGCACGAGGCGCGCAUGCUGUACGUGCACACUGCUUACCGAAAAUAACAGCUGAGACAGUCCCGUGUGUGUGUGUGUGUGGCCCGGAGGACAGGAGAACGCGCAGCUAAUUAAUUAAAUAAUUUGGUUCUGUACCUUUCUCUUCAGCACAGCCGACAAAGGUUUAUGAUGGGUCAGUCCUCCUGCAUGCUCAGAUCAUUCCCUUCCCUUGCUUGAAAAAUUGUUCCAAAAUGAAAGUUGAACCCACAUCUUUUUUAUCUGUGAAUUCAAUGCCGUUCGGCGAGUCUCAAAUAAAAAUUUGGGCAUCUUACUGUAGAAAAAAUAUACCAUUAAUGUAAAAAAGAAACUCUGAAUAAACUAUGUUCACAUCCAGAAUCAAACCCAGGACUUCUGCACGGGAGUCCAACGUCUUACUAGGUGAGCUAAAGCGCCAGUGACAUCUUUAGUAUCUGUAACAUUUAUAUCCUUGAUGACAGCUGAAACAACGUUCAAAGAACAGUUUGGAGUGAAAAUGACUAUUUUGUUGCUAAUUUGCAGGAAAUAUCUAGAAGAAAGUUCUACAGAAAGUAGCUAAGGGUCCUCAGAAAUGUAGCUAGCUUUGUCACUAGGCGUUAGGAACAGCGACAAAGUGGCACUGCCUCUCUCUCUGCUGCUAAAGCUACGGAUAGCAAAUGCUACGGGCUAUGCCUGAGCGUGAACGCGCAUGAAGCAGCCUGCUCGACCCGAGCAUCUCUCUUUUUCUGUGAUUUUACAGAAAAACAGGCAAUCACAGUAAAAAUGCCAGGGCUCAUUCUACAGGACCAGGGCAUUGCAGGAGAAUGUAUGAAGAAGACAUUUAUUAUUUCUAUUCAUGUUUUGGCUGUCACACUUCCAUAAUGCCCCUUUAAAUUAAUGAAAUAACGCCCUGUUGUUGAAAAUUAUUGCCGGUUUCAUAACACAUAACCAUAAAAAUCUGUUCUGAAAUGCACGCCAUAUUGGACGCCAUGUUUCCUUCUACGGAAGCCCGUGAGGACAAAAUGCAUUUACUGAUUUGUAACAAACGGUUACAAAACUUUCAUCAUUCAUAAAUGAAGCUGGCACUCGCAGAGUACAGACGCUUCUCUUUUUGCUCCCUUAUCUUUUUUUCCCAAGGCUCUUUGUCCUGUCUGCCCACAGAGCGCUUCUCUGCAUUUCUUCUGAAAAACCCUAUUUUUAACCAUGGAUUUGAUGAACUGGUCAUUCAACACGAUUGAUAAGAUUUUUUCAACAAUGAGAACGGAGCAGGGGGCUCCCACAUGUCCACAGGGGACGCACCCGGUGGGGUAUAUGCUGGAUUCCUGGAAGGAGUAGAAGAUCAUAUGCCUCAGCCAGCUGUCCAAUGAGGAUAUCGAAAACGUGUGGUUAUUCGGCCUGAUGAUCACUGGAUUUCUCCUGAUUGGAGUGGGAGGAUAUCUGGUUUUCUGGAAAUUUGGGAAGACAGGAGCGAUUGGAGGGCGACCCGCACCCACAGAAAGCACCGACCGUGUGGAGACUUCUCAGACUGGGACGUUACUCGAGGUGAAUCGUGAGCUGGACAAUGUUCUAGCUGCGAUACCGGUACUAGUGCGCAAAAUGGAUGUCAUCUCGGGAGAGUCACCGGACGGUAUGGACAGGUUUAAAAACCUAAAUUGGCUUCACUGAAGGACUGGAAAUGAUCAGUUUAAAGACUGAAGGCAGAGAGGAAAAUUAUCUCAGCCUGACCUAAACAAAGUCUUGUUAUCUGAAUCUGACGGCCUGGCAGCCGAGCGGUAAGCAACAAACCCCCACGAAGGAAUGCAGACAGAUGCUGUGAAAACCCGACCUACCCCCCCCCCCCACCCUCGGAUUGGUGGACUUCAGCCUGGCGAGGUCAUCAACCUGCAGGAGUCAAUGUGCUCCUCGCUUCUCCCAAGAUCUCCCUCCCACCUGUGGCUACAGUGGCUGAGCGCCGUAGACGGCUGCUCUCGCUGGGGGAAAACAGGAUCCCAGCCCCCCGCCUUCCUAUUGGAGUCUCAUGUUAUGUUGUGGUGUCUGAAGUCUUGCAUAUCUGUGAGGUGUUUUUUUGCAGAGCAAAGCUGCCCUCCUGGUGGGAGGGUAGCUCUGAAGUGCCCUUUUUCCCUCCACCUGAACCAAUCCUCAUGUAACCCUCUUAUCUCUAUUAAGGUAGCGCGACUCAGGGUUGCGAAUGGCCACAGUCACCAAUUCUAGUCAUGUGUCUUGCCCAUGUAUGUCUGAUCUCUGAAUUGUGUGUACUGAAACUCUAAUUUCCCUCUGGGAUUAAUAAAGUAUCUUUGAUUGA